UACUCUGACGUCACAGAUCACGGAAGUUGCCCGUGUGUAUGUGGAGACGACUUUUCCAGAUUGUUUCAUUACAAUUGCAGUCAUGGUGCAGAUUCACGUUAAACGCGGAGAUGAGAGCCAGUUUCUGUUCAACACCACCGUCGAUGUUUCUAUUGAGCAGCUCAUUCAGCAGGUCACUCAGAUCUACAACGGGAGACUGAAGGUGGACAGGAUUUGCUCUGAGAUUCCUGAACUUGCAGAUCAUGGCAUCACGCUUCCCCCCAACAUGCAAGGCCUGACCGAUGAGCAGAUCACAGAUCUGAAGUUAAGGGAUGAAUGGGAAGACAAAUGCGUCCCAAGCGGAGGAGCAGAGUUCAAAAAGGAUGAAAUCGGACGCAGGAAUGGACACGCACCCAGUGAAAAAAUGAAGAAUGUUUUGAUGAAGACUGCAGAAGAAGCCAAAGCACUGAUCUCAAAGAAACAAGUGCAGGCGAACGUGUGUGUUACCAUGGACAUGGUAAAAGAGGCCCUAGACCAGCUUCGGGGAGCAGUGAUGAUCGUUUACCCAAUGGGCCUGCCGCCUCAUGAUCCUAUCCGAAUGGAGUUGGAAAAUGAGGAAGAUCUUGCAGGAACACAGGCUUCUUUACAGGUGAUCCCAGAGAAAGAAGCACAGUUUUGGUGGGCAGCGAAAGAGUUGCGUCGGGACAAAAAACUGCAAGAUUACAUUGGAAAAAAUGAGAAAACAAAAAUUUUGGUGAAGAUUCAGAAGAGAGGUCAGGGGGCACCAGCACGUGAGCCUCUGGUCAGUGAGGAGGAGCAAAAACGUAUGAUGAUGCACUAUUACAGGAGGCAGGAGGAGCUCAAGAAGCUAUCAGAAGCAGAAGAUGAUUUAUAUUCGCAGCCAGAGUUGUCAGACAGGCAGGCUUUAAAGAGACAAUUUCAAGGACUUACAAAUAUCAAAUGGGGCCCGAGAUAAAUGGAUAAUGAAAUGGAUAAUAUAUGCAUCAUUUUCAAGAUCCUCCUAUUUUGUAAAUGAGUUCAUGAGUUUAUAAACAUGUUAAAUAAGGACAGGCUUUAAUUAAAUAAUAAAUUGCAAUGUAUUGAUACUAAUUGAACAUCUCUGAGCUGCUCCAUUAAGAACACAAAGAAAGAAGGAUGCCACACCUUUCCUGUCUUUGUGUGCGAUCUUUCCACUGGUUCCACUGAAAGCCAGUGAUCGUUACCGGCAGGAAAUUACAUCACAGGCCUCAGGAUUUAGAGGCCAUUUGAGGAGUGUAAGCAAAAUGGAAAUCACUUCAGCGACUUCAGGCUGAUAUGAGCUACAUAAUGUGAGCUUGUGAAACUCCCCUUUAGUUCAAUGAAAAUGAUCAUUUAUUUUUGAGUAUCGGUUUUAAAGCUUGUUUAAAUUCUUGAAUUCAAAAGUGCGAAAUAAAGGGUUAAUGUUAUUAAA